AUGCCAGACAGCGUCGACGUCACCGACGCCAGAAAAAUUCCAGGGGUGUUGACGGACAAUUUGUUUGUCGAGAAGAACUCGGGCCUCACUGAUGUAGAAGUGCGAAAGGCAAUUAAGACGUGGCUUUCCGUAGAGGAUGACCCCAGCGUGUUGGAAGACGAGGUAGCUCUGGAACUGGAGAUUGUGGAGCAGAACAUGGCAAACUUGGAGAUUGAUGCCUCUUCUGACGACGAAGAUGGCGGGGAUAGGCCAGCCUCGUGUAUUACAUCUUCGAUGACAGAGGCGCAGGUCCGCGCUAGCUUAGAGAGUGUUCGCUCCUACUUGUACGCCAAUGGAAAGGAUGGCGAAUGCCGCGAAACCCAGCACCUUCUUUCGAAAACGGUGCAUUCGUUCACGCAUGAAACACAAGUCAAGCGCAGGUCCAAGGACGGGGGGGAGCUGCAGGCAACUCUUCGCGAUAUGUGGAGGAAGUCGUAG